CGCGCAUGAAAGGUUGCCUAGCUAGGCCAGUCUGAUUUAAAGUUUGCACAGUGAGGAGCGUUCCCUGGCAAGAAUGAUUGGUUGUUUAGCUUCCUUCUUGCGUCUAAGGGUAGCACAUGCAAGAUGAACAGUUGUUGGCACCUGGCAACCCGCGGUCAAUCAGUCCCACCUGGUCCACAGGUCUGGGACCCAAAAUUGGUCUGGAGUUUAAAAAUUUGCUGGAACCCUCAAAUUGAUCUGCAAUUCAAAAAAAUUCAGGGACCCUAAAUUGGUCUGAGAUCCUAAAUUUUCUGACCUGUGUAGCCUCGUGAGGUUACAGACCUGUGGACCUGUAGAUCUCAAGAGGUCUUAUCUCUGGGUCUUGUGCACCAGCUGCUACACUAUGAAGGCUUCACACAGAGAAUCCUCGUCAUAAAAGUUGCUCAGAAAGGAUUCUUAGAUUCCACACGCACUCACGCACGCAACCAACCUCUUCCCAGAAACCACAAUGGGUGGGGGGAGGGACGCCGCUGUCACCGAGAAAGACUGAUACCUCACCAGGUAUUCUCAUGGGCAGUGGUAGCAGCAGUAGCAGCAGCAGCAGUACCCACAGUACGGAGGUAGAGGCGUACAAGGACACCCAGCAUCGCCGGCAGGAGAAACAAGAGGACGGGGUGGCCACGCCUCUACGUCCUGCCUACGCUCCUUCAUCACAAGCGUCCACGACGGCAUCCACUGUAUCCUACCACCCCCAUCCACAGCACCACGCCCAUCCACAGCACCACGCCCAUCCACAGCACCACGCUCACCCUCAGCACCACAAAGCUACGCUCUCCUCGGCUCCUUGCGUCAGGGAGCGCCCAUCGUGGGCAUCGAGUCCCGCCACCCCUUCUCUGCCUUUCCAGCCCACGCCGCCCGCGCCCUACGCCCACAUGGGGUACUAUCCGAUGGAUAUGGGCGUGUCAGAUACUGGAUUAGUACUGUCUAGAGUGGUGAGGGUGUUGGAGUCGUCUCCACCUCCUUACCUCCUCCUUCCCGACCACCCCAAUGUUCCUGUCUCCCCGAUGUCAUCUAAGAGGCCGCCCCCACCACCGCCCAACACCGCCCACGCCCGCAGACGCACCUCCGAGGUCUCUGACUACCCCAAAGUCUCCAAGUCCCAGUCCAGUUCCAAUACAGUGCCCUCAAGGUCCACUGUGCCGCUGGAGACCAACGGUACAGCGCCCUCUACCUCUCCCAGCUGAUGAUGCCCUACGUCACUGUUGACAUCGUCCCGGGAAGCUAUGACACUGUCCUAGAAGAUAUAGGCUUUAAAUGGAACCUCACCUAAGACCAAGAAUCUAACCCAGGGAUGCUGGCUGAGAAGAAUCCUGCCCCGGGAGGGGGAGUUUGGACCAGGUGGUCCACUCUUGGUCCAGGGAAGGAAGCGUCUUGCAAGAUUUGCAGAGAUGUGCCAAAACAGCUCCUCCUUCUAAGUGCAAGGACGCCUUCCAUGUUGCUCUUCAUAUAAAUUAAGGAAUCUGAUAAUUGCCUUGUACAAUGUACAGUAUACGCCCCGCCAUGUAAUACAAUAAAUUCCCAUUUUUCA